AUGCUGAGGUAUUCACCAUUGGUUCUUCUCCAGGUUCUGACAUUACUCAGGGUUUCUCACUGCAUUGACAUGCAGGCACUUCUGAAAGCAUUCACAUCGGCAUGCCAAUCUCCAUCACCGAGCAAAGUGGUGAUUCCAAAAGGUGAGUUCAAGCUUGGUGAGAUCGAGCUGAGAGGUCCAUGCAAAGCUCCAGUCGAGAUCACCCUUCAAGGCACAGUUAAAGCUGACGGCAACUCUAUCGCCGGAAGGGAAAAAUGGGUUGUCUUCGGAAACAUGAAUGGCUUUAAGCUCAACGGAGGUGGAGUCUUCGACGGUGAAGGCAAUGCUGCUUGGAGGACCAACAAUUGCCACAAGACUUUCGAGUGCAAGAAACUUCCCAUCAGUAUAAGGUUUGAUUUCUUGGUGAACGCUGAGAUCAGAGACAUAACUUCGAUCGAUGCCAAGAACUUCCACAUUAACGUGCUGGGAGCCAAGAACAUAACCAUGGAUAACCUCAAGAUCUUUGCUCCAGCAGAGAGUCCCAACACUGACGGUAUCCAUAUGGGAAGAAGUGACGGAAUCAAGAUCCUAAACACUAAGAUCGCCACCGGAGAUGACUGCAUCUCUGUCGGAGACGGGACGAAGAACCUUCACGUCGAGAAAGUCACUUGCGGUCCAGGACACGGAAUCAGUGUCGGAAGCCUUGGAAGAUACGUACACGAGCAAGAUGUCUCCGGCAUUAGGGUCAUCAACUGCACUCUCGAACAGACCGACAACGGGUUGAGGAUCAAGACAUGGCCGUCUGCUGCUUGCUCCACCACCGCCUCAGACAUUCAUUUCCAGGAUAUCAUCCUCAAGAACGUCAGCAACCCAAUCCUCAUCGACCAAGAGUACUGUCCUUGGAACCAAUGCAACAAGCAGAAGCCAUCAACUAUUAAGCUGGUGAACAUAAGCUUCAAGAAGGUCAGAGGAACAUCAGGCAACAAGGACGCAGUGAAGCUAUUGUGCAGCAAGGGAUAUCCAUGCCAGAACGUGGAGAUUGGAGACAUUGACAUUAAGUACAACGGAGCCGAUGGUCCAGCGACUUUCCAGUGCUCGAACGUAAGUCCCAAGCUUUUGGGAAGUCAGAGCCCUAAAGCGUGCAGCGGUCCAGUGACCAAGGCACUCUAA